AUGCGUUACAUUCUCAUCGCUCCCGUCCUGUUGGCAAUCACAGCACUCGCAGUCCCCGUCCCCAGCCAGAACGAUGUGAUCGGUGAUGCUGGCGUUGCCGUUAACAUCGGCGGUGAUAAGACUGCUGGUGUCGCUAAGCGUGGCGAUGGCGGCAGUGGUCACGACGGUGGCAGUGACGACGAUGACUCUGGCUCUGAUCUGAUCGGCAAGCUGGGUGCUGCUGUCAAUGUCGGUGGCGCAGAGACCACCGGAGUUGCGAAGCGCUCCGAGGCGGAUGUUAUCAGCGAGCUCGGCAUUGCUGCUAACGUCGGUGGUGACAAGACCACUGGAGUUGCUAAGUGA